UAAUUGGUUGUCAAAGAAAACUGGAUCUAGCCGCGUUUACUUUAAAAAUCGUUAGCUGCGAUACGAGAUGUAAAUGAAAGAAAAGACGAGUACCUCAACAGGUUGAACACUGAGAAAGAAAUACUAAGAAAAUACUGCUUAAAGAAAGAAAAUGUCUAUUCAAAUAUACCAAGAUGCUGAAAAUGUAUUACCGGGACUACAAAACGGAAAGAAAAAUAAAAGGGAAGACAGCCGAUUAACAAGACAACAUGUUCCAAAACCAAGCAAAAGAACGGCUCUUGGGACCAUUAAUACAAAUGUUCAAGGCUGCAGAGUGCAACCAUCUCGAGCUGUGAAAGAAAAAUAUAAGACAACAACACAUAUACAAAAAACACAGGGAAAAAAUCUACAACAUCUUAAAAUACAUGAAGAUGUGAAACCUCCAAUAAAAGAACCAGUGGCACCGUUUAACGAAGCAUUGUCAUUAACAAAAGAUUCACCUAUGAUAUUGUCUCCAAUACCAUCGGACAGUUUUGAGGAACUUAAAUCGGAUGAAAUUAACAGUGCAAGUGUUAAUGACAUUGACUUAGAAGCAGAUGCCACAUUUGGAUUGCCCGAAUAUGCACAAGAUAUCCACAAUUACCUUAAAAAAGCUGAGAAAAAGCACAGACCGAAACAACACUAUAUUAAAAAGCAAGCGGAUAUCAAUGUGAAUAUGAGAGCAAUUUUGAUUGACUGGUUGGUAGAAGUUGCAGAAGAAUACAAACUCGUUCCCCAAACAUUGUACCUGACAGUUAAUUUCAUUGAUCGCUUUUUAUCUUGCAUGUCUGUGCUCAGAGGAAAGUUACAGCUUGUUGGUGCAGCUUGUAUGUUGGUGGCUGCAAAAUUUGAAGAAAUAUAUCCACCAGAAGUGGCAGAGUUUGUUUACAUCACAGAUGACACAUACACACCAAAACAGGUCUUGCGAAUGGAGCACCUUAUUUUGAAGACUCUGGCAUUCGAACUUAGUGUGCCAACCGCGAAAAAUUUUUUAGGUAGAUAUUUGCUUGCUGCUGGAGCCAAAAGUGAAAGUCAGAUGCAAUAUUUAGGGGAGUACUUGUGCGAACUAUCACUAAUAGAUUAUGACAUCUCUUUAAAAUACAUGCCAUCAGUCAUAGCAGCGUCAUCAGUUUGUGUUGCGAACUACACCUUAAAUACAGAAUGCUGGACGCCAACACUGGAGUUCUAUUCUGGAUAUCAAUUGCAGGAUCUGCAUAGUUGUAUUGUUGAUUUGCAUAAUUUGUUUCGAGCUGCUCCAAAAAGUCAACAACAGGCUGUACUGCAAAAAUACAAAUCUCCUAAAUUCGGUUGUGUAUCCCAAUUAGUUCCUGCAGCAAAUCCUUUGGUCUAGUGUUCUGUUAGUAUUUUUCUUGGCUUACACCACCACCAGCCGUGAAAUUUAUUUUAUCUUUUCAUACGAAUCAAACUUUUUUAUAGAAGUUUUAAUUUGUACAAAUUCGUGUAUUUAAGGUUUUACUUGUCUUUUAUACAGGAGUAUAUCAGAUAUGGAUGUGAUCAAUUAUGUACAUAUUUUUUUAAAAAAGUUUUAUGUCAAGUUUCCAAAUCUUCGAUUCGCUCCUAGCGCUAUCACGAUUUUAAAUUAUUUGCUUUUAUGUAUUGUGUAUAAAUAAGUUUUAUGAUACGAAUGUAUAUUCGUUUUGAUAUAAAUACGAAUGAACCAAAUA